UAAACAACACAAGUUACAAUAAAAUAACCUUAACAAUGUUGUUGUUUCAGUGUCAGUUUCGUCUAAUACUAGAAUUGAACUUUUUACACAGUCCCUACUCAGGCAACCACGCGCAGGAUGAUGAAACCAUAGACUGUAUAGGAUGAAACGUUUUAAAAUAAUGCAUUAAAAUCGGUACUUUAGUUUUAUUACAAUGCAUCACAAUCUGACACGUCAAUAAAAUGUAACCGAUCAAUAAGAAACAAUAAAAAAGAAAACGCAUUAAUACGGAAAGACGAAACAGUGCACUUGGUGUACACAGUUGAUCACAUGCUACGCAAAACAUGUGGUGACCUGACGUUGUGCGUCACACCGCGGGAAACGUCUACAGAGAGGCAGAGAGCUAUUCAGUUGUGCGCAUGUUUAUUGCAUAUGAAAUACUGAAGUGUGUUCCAUUAUAGUUCAUCAGAACUAAUUCCUUGUCGAAGCAUUGGUUUUUGACACUGAGCAAGGAAAACACAUUAAAUUCCCGCUCCUUGUUUGACCUGGAUACCGCAGGGAGCAGAAGCUAUCAAAAUACCUCAAAUGCAACCCUUAAGUUAAGAUUCUGUGACUGAUACCAUAUAUAUUGCUACAUAAAAAAAUGUCAGACUCAAGCACAGGUUCUGCUGGAGCCAUAAAGGCAAUAGACAAACAGUCUGUGCAUCAGAUCUGCUCUGGACAGGUGGUGCUGAGUCUGGCCACAGCUGUGAAAGAGCUGGUGGAGAACAGCAUUGAUGCUGGUGCCACUAAUGUCGAUGUCAAGCUAAAAGACAGUGGAAUAGAGUUAGUGGAAGUUUCCGACAAUGGAAAAGGUGUUGAGGAGCAAAACUUUGAGGGACUAACUUUAAAACAUCACACCUCUAAACUAAGAGAUUUUUCCGACCUGAUACACGUGGAGACGUUUGGGUUCCGUGGUGAAGCUCUGAGCUCACUUUGUGCUCUUAGUGAUCUUAGUGUUGUGACCUGCCAUGAGAGCGCUCAGAUCGGAGCUCGGCUGGUGUAUGACCAUGAUGGUCAUCUCACUCAGCAUGUGCCGCAUCCCCGCCAACAUGGCACAACUGUCACUCUGCAGAAACUCUUCUCCACAUUACCUGUCCGACACAAGGAGUUCCAGCGCAACAUCAAAAAGGAAUAUUCCAAGAUGAUUUUCGUCUUGCAGUCCUACUGCAUCAUCUCCACUGGUGUGCGUAUUACAUGUGCCAACCAGACGGGACAAGGCAAGCGCACCACAGUACUGUGCACCAGUGAGAGUAACAGCAUGAGAGACAACAUUGGAGCUGUGUUUGGACCUAAACAGCUACAAAGUUUGAUUCCCUUCCAACAAAUAUCUCCCGGUGAAUCAAUUAAGGAAGACUAUGGUCUCGGGGAGGUAGAUGUUCCUAAAGACCUUUUUGUCAUUGACGGGUUUGUGUCACAAGCGGAUCAUGGUGUUGGUCGAAGUGCUACUGACAGACAGUUCUUCUUUAUCAAUAAAAGACCCUGUGAUCCAGUAAAGGCCUCCAAGCUUGUGAAUGAGGUUUAUCACAUGUACAAUCGGCAUCAAUACCCUUUUGUCGCUCUAAACAUCACUGUUGCUUCAGACUGUGUGGACGUGAAUGUGACUCCAGACAAACGUCAGAUCCUUCUACAAGAGGAAAAACUCUUGCUGGCAAUUCUGAAAAGCUCACUCAUUGCUAUGUUUGAGACUGGUGUCAAUAAAAUCAGUCUCAACCACAUUACUCCAGCAAUUACCAACUUGUGUAGACCAACCGAGACAAGUGCUGGUUCAGAAGAUCGGGAAAUAGGUUCUGUCUCUGAAGCACUUCCAGAUGAUGAACCCCCAAAGACUUCCAUCAGUCUUGCUCGACUUAAAGAAGCAUUUUCAAACCAUCAGUUUCCUGGAAUUGGGUCAAAGCAGUCUAGUCAUAAAGCUGCCUGUUCUGGUUCCUCUCAGAAGAAGAUGUUUUCCUUUGUGAGCUGCUCUAAAAAAAUGACAGACAUUAUGAGGCCACCUUUAAAGUCCUCUCCAAGUUUCGCUGCCGUUUCUUCCAUAAAAAAAUCAACUGUUUGUCUAGCUAAAUAUAAAAGCACCUUUGAUGGUGAUGCUGAAGAUUCUGAGGCUGCAAACCAAAAUUCAGCUGAAGAUGAUCCAGAGAUUUUACAUGAAAACAAUUCAGAGUCAGGUUUACACCCUAGUAUAUAUGAAACUGAUGUUAAAGCUGAGACUAUCAAUGAACCUGUAGAUGAGAAGUUCUGUAGUUAUAAACCUUUGGUGCCGGAGACAAAGUCAGAGCAACACCAGGACAGAAUUUCCAGUCCUGAAGCUAAAAGAGCUCGACAUGAAGCUGAACCUCUAGCACAAAACUGUUUGGUGGACUCUAAAAACAAGAAUGCUUCUACGAAAUUGGAUUCACCUGUCAGCAUACAGAAGAAAACAGUGCUUUUGCAGUUUUCUCUACAGGAACUUUCUAAAAGGAUGCAGAGGCUGCAGGCUCAGAAGAAAGAGAACAAUGAUCAAGAGCCAAAAUAUAGACGGUUCAGGGCAAAUAUUAACCCUGGUGAAAACCAGAGUGCUGAGGACGAGCUUAAGAAAGAAAUGAGCAAAGAUAUGUUCAAGGAUAUGGAAAUCAUUGGUCAGUUCAACCUGGGUUUUAUUAUCACCAAGCUGAAAUCUGACCUUUUCAUAAUUGACCAGCAUGCCACAGACGAAAAGUACAAUUUUGAGAUGCUACAAAAGAAUACGGUCUUAAAGGGACAGCGACUCAUAGCUCCACAAAGUCUCCACUUCCCAGCUAUCAGUGAAACUGUGCUCAUGGAAAACCUUGAAAUCUUCAGAAACAAUGGUUUUGACUUCCUCAUUGAUGAGGAUGCUCAGGUUAUGGAGAGGGUGAAGCUGGUGUCUUUACCUACAAGCAAGAAUUGGACCUUUGGCCCAAGUGACAUUGAAGAACUCAUCUUCAUGCUUAGCGACAGUCCUGGAAUCAUGUGUCGACCUUCUCGUGUGAGGCAGAUGUUUGCAUCCAGGGCAUGUCGCAAAUCGGUGAUGGUUGGCACUGCCCUGAACACCAGUGAAAUGAAGAAACUUGUGCUUCACAUGGGGGAAAUUGAACAGCCCUGGAAUUGUCCACAUGGUAGACCCACCAUGAGACACCUUGCUAAUCUGGAUAUGGUUUCUUAGGACUAAAGCACCUGCUUUUUUGCCGCAUUUGUUCUGAAUUUCAUAGUGCCUGUCAAACAAUAUUGUUUUAAGGAUUUUAUUAU